UUAUCUCAUAUUAACCUUUUUUUUUCCCUCUCUUUAAAAAUGCUUAUGCAUCACUCACUCAGUCACUCACUCACUUCUAUCUUUGACUGGGCUCCAAAAAUUUCUCAGUUGACAACAAACUGAUAACAGUAUCAUAUUUUGUCAAAAAAAAAAAAAAAAAGUAUCACAUUCCAUUACUUGUUCAAUUCCAUUUUUAUAUUUCAGCCACAUUUUCUCAUCUUAUUUGUUGACAAAAAAACAAUUAAAAUAAAAUAGAGAUAGAAAGAAUCAAUCAAACACCAUUGAACCAAGGUGUCAGUCUCUGAGCUCAUCUCUAUCUCAGAAACAACAAAAUCACCCAAAUCCGCCAUUGUUGAUUGACACUUAACAAUGGGAAGCUCUUACUUUUUACACUCUCCUCUUCACCAUUUUCUCUCUCCUCCUCCUUCUCACCCUUCUUCUUCUUCAUCUCUUUCUCUCUCUUCUCGUCCACUCUUCCUCUACCUUCGAAAUGCAGAGGGUAAAAGAAGAAGCAGUAAAAAUGGCAGAGUUCCAAUGGCUUCUUUGCAUCGCCAAUUGACCCCACAAGAUAUUGAUUCUUGUAAAAGGAGAGCUUUGUUGCUUCUGGGCAUCUCAGUUUUCCCCCUUUUGCCUUGGAAUAAUGAUGCUUUUGCCUCUGCAGAAGAUAAAGAAAGAAGCGGAGAAGAAAAUCAAGCCAUUGAGAAAACAAGUCAAAGAAAUGGAUCAUCGAAUCCUUUUCUAUCUCUAUUAAAUGCAAUAGGACUCCUUGGUUCUGGUGUGCUUGCUGCUCUCUAUUCUUUGGCGCGAAAGGACAAGGCAACAUCAGAGGCGAAGAUAGAAUAUCUUAACUACCAACUGAAGGAAAAGGAUGCUGCCAUUGUAACCUUGGAGAAGAACUUUGAGUCAAAAUUAUCUUCCAAACAGGAUGAACAAGAUAAGCUACUCAACAAAGCAAAAGAAGAGCAGCUGUCUUUGGUAAAUCGUUUAGAGUCGGCAAACAGCACAAUAACUGGGCUAGGUCAAGAGCUACAAGGUGAAAAACAGAAAAUAGAACAGCUGCUGCUCGAUAUUGAAGAUCUUGGGGUUAAACUUGAUAAGGCUGCAAAAGAAAAAGGUUCACUUGAAGAGAAAGUGAAGGAGAAGGAUGGCUCAGUUGCAGUCUUGCAAGAAAGAGUUAACUUGUUGAGUUCAGAAAUAAAGGAAAAGGAGGAAACUAUACAAGGCCUUAACUCCUCUCUUGCGCAAAAGGAUUCUGAUCUGACUGAGUUGAACUCUUCCUAUAGACAAACUAGGGAUGAAGUUGAUGACCUUAAAUCACAGAUUAUAAAUUUGAAUGAACAGCUGCUGAAGUAUCAAAAUGAACUAGAGCAGAAGAAUUCGAUGUUGGACGAUCUGAAUGUUAGUGUUGAUUCUUUGACGGUUGAUCGUGACAAUUUAAAAUUAAAGCUCAACACGCUUGAGCAUGAGUAUGAUGAUCUGAAAUCAUCAUCUGAGAAAAAGACAGCUGAUGAUAGGAGACUUUUAGAGGAGAAAGAGAGUGAACUGAAUGUACUAAAAGAAAAGUACGAGCUGCUUGUGAACGAAGCUAGUGCUAAGCAAGCUUUGAUAUCUGAUCUGACUCAAGACAGGGACAACUAUAUGGAAAUGCUUGAUAAAGAAACCAAAUUUGUGCAAAGUUUAAAACAGGAGCUUCAACUGACAAAAGAAGCUUUUGAAUCAUCAAAAAUUGAAGCAUCUGAUCUGAAUAAGCUGUUAGAAGAGUCGCGAAAGUUGUCAUCAGGGCUUGAGGCUGAACUCUCGAAAGUUCAAGCAGAGUUUUCAACAACAAGAGAGUCACUUCAGAGAAGCCUAAAUGAGGCUACUUUACAUUCAGAAACACUAGCUGGGGAGCUAAGUUCAGUGAAGGAGGCUCUGAAUAGAACUAAAAAGGAGCUGGAAAUUGUGUCUAAGGAUUUGACAGCAACAUCCAAGAAUUGUGAUAGCCUUCAGCAGGAAUUGGUUGAAGUGUAUAAAAAGGCUGAAAGUGCAACCAAUGAUUUGACAGAGGAAAAGAAAAUGGUUGCUUCCUUAAAUAGUGAAGUACAAACCUUGGAAAACCAAAUACUGGAGGACAAGGAGGCAAGGAAAUCUCUCCAGACCAGUCUCAAUGAAGCAACUAGAUCACUUGAUGAGAUGAAUCAACAAUCAUUGAUGCUUUCUAAAGAUCUUGAGGUGUCUAAUUCCCGAAUUUCCAGUCUCGAGGAGGAAAAAGAAUUCCUCAACAAUUCUCUUGAAACUGAAAAGAAAGCUGCCCAAGAAACCCUAGAAAAUUUUGAAGAUGCACAGAGUGUUAUCAUGAGACUUGGUACUGAAAGAGAGAAUUUGCAGAAGAAAGCCAGAAAACUGGAGGAGGAUUUAGCUUCUGCAAAGGGUGAAAUUUUAAGAUUGAGAGCUGAAGUAAAUUCUUCAAAAACUGCAUCUAACGGUAAGCCUAAGCAACGAAAAUCGCCUGCUAAUAACAGUGAUUCUGAGGAAGAAACCGAAUCUCAAACUCAAACAGUUGUUAACAACCAAUCAAAGCAAGAAUCUGAGCCUGCUAUUGAUUCUACUGCAGCACCAGUAAAGAAAACUACCCGGAGGAAAAGAACAAGUAGCCAGUGAGAGCUCUCGGGUAAAUUGUCCACCUUCUUGGGUUCUAAUCAUUGAUUUUUCUCGCGCAUUAUUUUACUCUAGCCUAUAAUUUCUCUGGCUUCUGUAAUUUCACAUAAUAUAUUCUAAUGCCAUUGCCAUUGCCAUGUAAAGAUGAGUUUCUAGAAACUGAUGUAUGUAAAUCUUUUUUGUCAAGAUCCACAGGCACAUUUGACUGAAUAUUUGAGUUAUUAUUAAUCUCUAGUGCUCUAAGCUUCUACUUGCA